AUGCCCUGCGUCAAGGCUCCAAGGGCUCAGCACUACGAAAUAGUUGGGGUUGGACUAUGUGAACCGGCUGGAGAGGCUGCUGAAAGUACCGAGAUGAUUGUAGCUUCCUUCGAUCCCUACUGUGGAUACCAGAAUUCGCUGGGACGAAUGAAGUCGCAGGAGCACUGCACGGCUCUGCUUAUGCGUGGCAAAUUUAACCCUGGGGAGUCAAAUCUGCGAUCAGGUCGAGCAGGCGCAGCAGCAGUACACACCGAGGAGAGCCUCGUCGUUCUAGGAGGAUUUGAACUUGAACGCGGUUGGUUUGGAAAAAGGGGUGCAAAUAUCCUUAAAACCAUCGAAAUUUUGAUCCCGAAGAAUCGCAAGGAUUUCCCACCGAUGCUGCAACCUCGAGCCUUCCAUUCGGCCAGCUGCGUUUCUCAAACAAUUAUUGUUGCCGGUGGAGGCGAAGGAGGACACUUUGACGUUGAAGCCUACGCGUUCACCAGUGGUCGACUGCUUGAUGGACAAUGGACCAAUGUCCGCAUUGCUUCGACAGUUGACAAAUUGCGCUACGAUUCAUUUUUAUUUGGUACGUACACGCAUCAACUUAUAAUGUGA